AUGUCCCAAGUCCCAGAUAACACAGUAUAUCCCAUACUUCAAAACCUUCCAACCGAAAAUGACCCCCUACUCCCCCGUCUGUCCGACGACAACGAAGCAAUAGCACACGAAAGACCGAUAAUAUGUAUUCCAGGUUCUCUGCCCCGAUCAGUGUGGUUGAUAGCGCUGGUCGAAGUCUGUGAUCGAUUCGCCUUCUUCGGUCUCGCAGCUCCCUUACAAAACUAUCUUCAGAAUGCAAAGGAUGAUCCUCUACGCCCUGGUGGCCUGGGCCUUGGACAGUCAUACGCCACCUUAGUAAACCUAUCAUUCACAGUUUGGUGUUACGUGACGCCGAUCUUUGGUGCCAUCAUCGCUGACCAAUAUAUUGGGAGAAAAGCAACUAUCACACAUGCUAGUCGAGUAUAUGCAGUAGGGCUAUUCAUUUUGUUUGGCUCGUCUCUUUCUGUCUUCAAAAACAGCGAUGUUUCCAUUCUGGCAUUGCUUGCUGCAAUGCUAUUGAUCGGUAUCGGCGCAGGCGGUAUCCGACCCAAUGUGAAUUCGUUGAUUGCAGAGCAAUAUCAGCCUGCGGACCAGCCUGUACAUAAACUAGACACUGGGGAGACUAUUUCCAUUGACCAUGAUAUGACUAUUCAGAGGAUCUUUAUGACCUUUAUCAUGCUAACAAACGCCGGCUCCCUCUCCUCCAUUCUAACAACAACAAUCGAACACCGACAAGGCUUUCCCCUUGCCUUCCUCGUCCCAGCACUGACUUUCACAUCCAUCACAACUUUAUGCCUUUCUCAAAACACAUACUCCUCCCCACCGACAACAGAGUCAACCACGCUCCACGCUCUCCAAGCUUUCUACAUUGCCGCCCGAAACAACUGGACCCUAGACGCAGCCAAGCCGAGCGCUGAAGAACACCACCCAUGGUCAGAAACCUUCAUUGGUGAACUUCGCCACUCUCUAAGAGCCAGUCGAAUCUUCCUCUUCUACCCUAUCUUCUGGGCAUCUUAUAAUCAGAUGCUCACGAGCUUUAUAUCUCAAGCUGCCAAUAUGAAUACACAUCGUUUACCGAAUGAUAUCAUGUUUGCCAUCAACCCGCUCAGUAUCCUGCUGAUAAUCCCGGUUCUAGACCAAAUCAUUCUUCCUCGGGCCCGACGCGUUGGAUUGGAUCUAUCCCCAAUCACUAGGAUCACCGCUGGGUUCUUCCUAUGCGGUCUCGGUAUGGCCUAUGCCGGGAUUCUCCAAUACACCAUCUAUCACUCCCCACCCUGCUAUGCCUCUCCACGCUCUGCAGGGUGUAAUGCUCCAAACAAUGUCCACAUAGUCUGGCAAGCACCCGUGUAUAUAAUCUUAGCGAUCUCAGAAAUCUUCAUGUCCACCACCGGACUAGAAUACGCAUACAGCCACGCCCCACGCUCCAUGAAGUCAACUAUCAUGGCGCUAUUCCUAUUUACCUAUACACUCGGGUCUCUGUUGUCGAUGCUAAUCACUCCCUUUCUGGUCGAUCCGCUGAUGACCAGGGCGUAUGCUGUGUUGAGUAUAAGUACUUGGAGUUCCGGAGUGGUAUUCUGGGUUUGUUUUGGGGUGAGGCGGGGGAUUUGA